CCGUAUAAUAACAAAAUAUUAUUUGAAUGCAAAUCGCGGGAUCUAAGGCCGUUACCUUUGCAGACCAUGACUAAUUUCAGCCGUCGGACCAUCCACGUCGAAGUCCCGAUGCUGCUGCUUCUGCUACUGUUAGCGGCGGCGCAGGCGCCUUUCGCGGCCGCGCAGGCGAGUCCGGACUCGCCUUCGGACUACUCGUACUCCAACGUCGAUCCGUCAAUGGCGAUCGUGAUCGUGGUCCUCGUGUCCGCCUUCUUCUUCAUGGGCAUCUUUACCAUCUACAUCCGCCAGUGCUCCAGGGAAGCCGGCGCCACGGGGAUCCCCGGUCAGGCGGCAGCAGGGAACUUCCCGCUGUCCUCCCGCGGCCUGGAGCCGGAGGUGAUCGAGUCGUUCCCAAUUUUGCAUUACUCGGAAGUGAAGGAACACAAGAUCGGGAAGGGAGAUUUGGAAUGCGCCAUCUGCAUAAACGAGUUCUCGGAUGACGAGACUCUCCGGUUGCUGCCUAAGUGCGAUCACGUGUUCCAUCCAGAGUGUAUCGACGCUUGGUUGGCUUCUCACACAACUUGUCCCGUCUGCCGAGCGAGUCUCGUGCUGAGUGCGCACGAACUCUCAGGUGCUGCCGCGCAAGGAACGGCGGCGAAUCCGAUUGACUCGACAGCCGAGCACAAUUUCAGUUCCGAAAUCGGCGAAGUACAAGAUCAAGCGCAAAGCCGAAAUCAAGUUUCAAUUACUGUUGACGAAGAUCGAAACAGAGCUCCGCAAGUGAUCGAAACUCCAAAACCAAAUGCACAGAGAGUGGCGAAGUUUCCGCGAUCGCACUCGACCGGUCACUCAUUGGUUCUACCGGGAGAUAACUGCGACAGGUACACUCUGAGGUUACCGGAGGAGGUGAGGAAGCAGAUCGUAGAACGGAGCCUGCAGCGCACGACCAGCUGUGUCGUCGCUGUAGGCUACAGGACCGGCGGAGACGGGAGCAGUCGCGGGAGGCAGAUCGGCCGGAACGACCGGAUUGUGCGGUCGGACCGCUGGAUCUUCACAAAAACGCCGGCGUUUUUCUCCAGGAACCGAUCCGUUUUGUCGGCGAAGGUGGGCGUUGACGUAGACCUAACGGCGGUAGAGUCUGUAAAGGCGCGGGGCGAUGGAGCUGAUCUAACGGCGAGUCAUCUUCCAGUUUAAAUUUGGAGCAAAUUGGGAAUUUCGCAUUGCCGGGGCAGGAUUAGCUGCUGUCAGAGCAAGACAUUCCCAUCCAUCGAGAGAGCAGCCAGUAAUUGCCGUCGUUGUAGGGUUUGCAAAGCUGUAAAUUUCCUUGCCCGAAUUUUUUUUGAAUUAAUUUAUUUACAUUUGUUGAAAUACAUUAGCAGCAUAAUAAAUUUUAUAAUUUGAGACA